AUGCCCAUCGGAUAUAUCGACUCGGUGUAUAAAGAUCCUAUUGACGUUUACCAUAACGAAGAUGUAUCUGUUGGUGGCAUUGACGAAGAUGGCAACCGCAUCAUUGUCGAAGUGGAUGAAUUCAAGUUUGGGAAGCGUAAAAGCCACAAAGGCCAUCGUGUUGAAGGUGUGUGGGUUGUUGGCGGUGUCGAGCGUACUCCUGAACGCAAGAUUUUUGUGACAACCGUCGAAGAUCGCAAGAAGGAUACUUUGCACCUCAUCUUGAGUAAUUACAUCAAAGAAGAUAGCGAAAUUCGAACGGACUGUUGGAAGGGGUACAAUGGUCUCGCACGUAUUCCUAGCAAACGCUACCGCCAUGAGAUUGUCAACCACGCCAAGGAGUUCAAGACUGCAGCUGGUGUUCAUACAAAUACCAUCGACGGAACCUGGAAUGGCAUCAAGUCCAUUAUUAAGGCCCGCCACAGAACAGCUCCGAUCAUGAAGUAUCGUCUUGUCGAGUUCAUUUUCCGUCGCAAGCAUGCUGGGAACCUCUGGGGUGGCAUUAUCAAGGCAUUAAAAGAAGUCAAACGGGAACGUAGCGAUUUGGAUCACGAUGAUUCGGAGUUCAAUGAUAAUACGCAAUGGGAAACCGAUACCGAGGAUGAUGAUGACACAUCAGGUGAAUACACAGCUGACUCUCAUAGAAAACGCCCUAGAGGCCAAUAA